UUUCCAGUAAUCCACGUGCCGUCUCUCCCCCGAUUUCUUAAAACAUAAGACACAAAAACCUCUCUCUCAUUUUUUUCCAUUUCACACGUCUCACGCUCUCUCUUUCUCGUCUCUCCUCUUUCUCUUCUCUAUUUUCUCUUCUUCCUCAUAUUCCUCGCCACAAACAAAAGAAAUUCAACGCACAGUCCACAGAGAGAGAGAGUGUGCGCGCGCUGAGAUUCUGCUGCCACGUUGAUCGUUUCCAACUGCACCACCGCUUUGAUUUAUUGUCCCUUUCUUCUUCUCCUUAUCGCUUUUCGCUGUUGCCGUUUCAAUCUGGUUGAUUGGAAGUUGCGAGUGCUUUGUGAAAAUUUUCCUUUUAGAUGGCUUUUGAUCAGAACUCGAUUCCCUUAGAUCUGAGGCCAUUGAAUGUUCCGCGAACGAUGGUCGAGGACCCUCGCAUUGCCCCCGCCACAACCACGGGCCGGACCACAGAGGGGGUUUUCCCCAACCCAGCCCGUGAUGCUGGUAGCCCAGGGUCGGUUCAGAUGUUCUAUCCGGCCACUGUGUCGGAUGCUGGGUUGGUAGGUUUAGGGUUUGGAAAUGCGGUGCCAGGUGUUGCCGCUUGGUGCCCUCAUGUGCCUGUGGCCAUUGGGCGUGCUGGAAUUAGUCCAGGAGCGAUUGGAUUGGGCUAUAAUCCCAAUUUGGGGACUCGGGUUGCUGGCAAUGCCUCUGAUCAGGCAAGCGAUGAAGGUACAGAUGACUCGAAUUCAGGGAAGAAAGUUAAGUUCUUAUGUAGUUUUGGGGGAAAGAUUUUGCCUAGGCCAAGUGAUGGAAUGUUGAGAUAUGUCGGAGGGCAUACAAGAAUUAUUUGUCUGAGAAGGGACGUGAGCUUUAAUGAGUUGGUGCAAAAGAUGGUGGAUACAUAUGGGCAACCGGUGGUAAUUAAGUAUCAGCUACCCGAAGAGGAUCUUGAUGCAUUAGUGUCAGUUUCUUGCCCAGAUGAUCUUGAAAACAUGAUGGAUGAGUAUGAGAAAUUAGUUGAGCGAUCAUCUGAUGGAUCAGCUAAGUUACGAGUGUUCUUGUUCUCAGCUUCAGAGCUUGAUCCCUCUGAUAUGGUGCAAUUUGGAAAUUUUAAUGAUAGUGGGCAAAGAUAUUUUGAUGCUGUGAAUGGGAUUAUGGAUGGAAUUGGGGGUGGUAUUGCUAGAAAGGAGAGUAUAGCAAGUGCAACUUCCACACAGAAUUCUGAUGUGAGUGGAAAUGAUGCCACUGAUAACUUGGUUCAGCAUCAAGGGGAUGUUAGUGGGCCACCGUUUAGCAGUGCAUUAUCUCCCAAAGGAAAUUCGGCUACAUCUAAUGAACCUGCUACAAGAUUGAUGUGUGUGGAUCCCAACCCAGCAAUCUAUGCAGAUGUCUCUGCCAUUCCAUUGGGAAUUCCAGUGGGUAAUACUGGUCCUCCCCAGACUUCAUCUUCUAAGCCUGAUGUUGAGUUUGAGAGAUCUGUACCCCUUACUGUACAGCCACAGCAAGUGGGGUUUGAUUUGCAGCAAUGCCGGAUGGAUAUUCCAGCAACCACAGCUUACUUGCAGUCUUAUGUGCAUCCUCAUCGAGAGGUUACUAACCAUGCUGAUUAUGUUCAAGUUCCUCACCAGAUGGGGUUCCCAAAUCAGCUGUUGGCAACUUCUGGUUCUGUACUGACCCACCAGCAGAUCCGUGACAAUGCUAGUGGUGUUAGCUCUCAUCAAUUUAUUCCUGCAGUGCACAUGACAAUGACCCCUACAGCUUCUCAUGUCAGUAUCAGACCAAGUGUGAUUCAGCCAUUGGUUCAGCCCCAACAGGCCAGGAUAGAUUGUUACACUGAUGAAAGUACAUUUGGGCCAAGGGUUGUCCAGCUUCCACUAGACCAAAGCUAUAAUCCAUAUCAAGCCCAGGUCCCACUCCCUCCUGCAGUGGUGGGAGGCUAUGGCUGGCAUCAAGUCCCAGCACAGGACCAUGUAGUCUUAUCUGAUGGAUGGGCUCAUCAACAAGUAAUUCUUCCAGAGACAACCACAAGGUUGGAGGACUGUUUUAUGUGUCAGAAAGAAUUGCCUCAUGCACACUCUGAUCCUUUGGUACAGGGACUGAGAGACAGCAGUGCAAGCUCUGUAUCUGAUUCAAACUCAGCGUAUCAUAGCCUCCGAUUGGAGGACAAUGUGAGAGCCCGUCAAAUAAACAGGGUUGUGGUAACUGGAGCCUUGGGGGAAGGCAUUAUUGAACAAGGAGUUGGUGCUCAGCCGAGGGUUCUUGGUCAUAUGGAUCAUCAAGCUGGGACACUUCAAUCAGAGGUAGUUGGGAUCUGUCAGAACCUUGAUGCGCAGCAUGAAAAUGAGAAAAUUAUUCUCCAAAAAAUGGACAACCCUGAUCAACCCAGAGUCCCAAUUCCCCAGGGUGUGGUGGGGUUGGCAGGUGCUGUGCAGUCAUCUUAUGGUGUAUUCACGGGCACUAUUCCUCAGACUUCCCAAGAAGAGGCUGUCCAGCAGUAUGCAGUGCCAACCCAGUACCAGGUUAAACCGGACACCUUAGUGAAUAGACCAAUUAAUAGUGAUGUCCCUCUAUUUGGAGGUGUGCCUUUACAAACAUCAGAACGCCUGGUUCAGGAAUCUCCAAGAGACUAUUCUGGUAAACUUCCUGGUGUUGUUCCUAAGGAAGAUACUGCAGAGUCUUGCAUUUCAUUUGAUCAUAUGCGUCCAAUUGAUGAGAGGAUGGAAAAUCUAAGGGUAGGCCCUGCUGAAAAUUUUGUUAAUAGUGAGCAGAGUAAAUCAUCUGCUGAUAAACCUAGAAAGGAGGACAUCUUGGAACACAGACUGCAGCAAAUUGCAGGGAAAGAGGUGCUUCUGGACAGUACAUUCAGCAAAGCCAAAAUUGUUGUUGAGUCGAAUCACAAUAAAGCAACUGAGGUGUUGCCUUGCUCUGCUGCUGAAGUUCCUUACCUGCAUAAUGUUUGGCCAGUGGAGACAUAUGAAGUAACAAAACUGCCUAUUUUGGGAACUCUGGCGACAUAUACACAUUCUAAGACUGGGAUUCAUAAUGUGACUUCUGGUGAAGUUUCUUAUGGCAGCCCUGCAUUUUCCGAUGUUGAAUCGGCUUAUCUAACAGAUAAAGCUCCACCCAUAUCUGAAUGGAAUGAUGACACCUCGCAGUUUCAGCCAAAGAUGGUUCCUACAGAUAUCAGAGUUGUCUCAUCAAAUGGUAAUACACCUUAUUUAUCCCCGUCUAACAGAAUUGGAGAUGUUCAAGAUUCCUCAAACUCACUCUUCAGCAGCCAGGAUCCUUGGAAUUUACGGCAUGAUAUUCAUUUCCCCCCUCCUAGACCUAACAAAAUUACAAUAAAAAAUGAAGCCUUUAGUAUUAGGGAACCAUUUGGUGAAAAUGGUACGAGCGAUAGUGGGGAUAUAAAUACAGAUGUGCAAUUGGAGGAUGGAGCCCACCAGCCAUUUUCCAAUUUGGAUAAGGAUUUCAAUUCAGAGCAUAGUUGGUCUGCGAAAGGCUCAGGAGAGGAAGUGAUCAAACAAGAACUUCAGGCGAUUGCUGAGGGUGUUGCUGCUUCUGUUCUCCACUCGACUACAUCUAAUCCUGAAAUUUCUAUACACGAGAAAAAUGAGCCUCUUUCUUUGUCCAAUAAAGAUAUAGAGCUUCAAGAUAGCGAUUUGGAAAUGCAGCAUAAAAGUAAAGUUGAGGACAAUAUAAACAAAGUGCCAGAAAAAAUUAAUAUGGGCUUCCCAGUGUCAGAUGGCAUAGGUCGCUUGCAGAUCAUAAAAAACAGUGACCUUGAAGAGCUCCGAGAAUUGGGUUCUGGCACCUUUGGUACUGUUUAUCAUGGAAAAUGGAGGGGCACUGACGUUGCAAUCAAACGAAUCAAUGACAGGUGCUUUGCUGGGAAGCCUUCAGAACAAGAACGUAUGAGAGAUGACUUCUGGAAUGAGGCAAUCAAGCUUGCUGAUUUGCAUCAUCCAAAUGUGGUAGCUUUCUAUGGUGUUGUUCUUGAUGGCCCUGGAGGCUCAGUUGCAACUGUUACAGAGUAUAUGGUUAAUGGUUCUUUAAGAAAUUCUCUGCAGAAGAAUGAAAAGAAUCUUGAUAAGCGUAAGCGUCUCUUGAUUGCCAUGGAUGUAGCCUUUGGAAUGGAGUACUUGCAUGGUAAGAAUAUAGUGCACUUCGACUUGAAAAGUGAUAACUUACUUGUCAAUCUUCGAGAUCCUCACCGCCCAAUAUGCAAGGUUGGUGAUUUGGGCUUAUCAAAGGUGAAAUGCCAGACACUGAUCUCUGGUGGUGUGCGAGGGACACUUCCUUGGAUGGCUCCAGAGCUACUGAAUGGCAGCAGUAGCCUUGUGUCUGAGAAGGUUGAUGUGUUUUCAUUCGGUAUUGUGAUGUGGGAACUUCUUACUGGAGAAGAACCAUAUGCAGAUCUGCAUUAUGGGGCAAUCAUUGGUGGUAUUGUGAGCAACACCUUGCGGCCAUCUGUACCUGAGUUUUGUGACCCAGAAUGGAGAGCUCUGAUGGAGAGAUGUUGGUCUUCAGAACCAUCAGAGAGGCCAAGCUUCACCGAAAUUGCAAACCAGUUGCGAUCUAUGGCGGCUAAGAUUCCUCCAAAAGGACAAAUAUCACAGCCCCAGGUUCAAAAAUGAUUCAAGGCAAGUUGUUUUCUUCUCCAGUGUCAGUCUGUUUGUCUCAUUGCAACUUCAGGCUUACAGAAGAUGGCUGAUGUGAUGUUCUGAAGUGUAACAGGGAAAGCUGUCUACUGUUUCUUAAUACAAAUUGUAGUUUAAAAUCAAUCAAUUUUUUAGAUCUGCCUUUGCCUGAA